AUGGAUUUUCCUGUGGCGCCAAAGUUCUGUAUGGGAUCGGACCAUCUGCUUAUUCGAGGAAGAUCUUCCCUCACAUGGAGAGUAGAAAAAGCCACCAAGUUCACAAAGCGAAAUCACAGAACUACCGUCGACUGGAAGCUCUUCGCUUCGUUUGUCGGCUUUUGGAAAGAUACCGUCAGGGACAACAUCGACGACGAAUAUGAACGGCUUGUAGAACAUCUUACGUACGAGGAAAGCGAAGAGUUUCAAAACCACCAAGAGACGCCUGUCUAA